UUCCUGUGAGUUUAUUUUAUUUUAUUGUUGUACCCCCCUUUCACCUUCUCACCGCUCACCAGUCGCGCGGUCAGCUGUUUUUUGUUGUUUGCUGGGAAAAGCUCACAUUUAUGUUGCUACACUUUUGGCCGAUGGCAGCAAUUGAUGUUGCUAUUUCCCUUCCCAAACCAUAGCUAGUGUGGUCUAAUAUUGUGCAAUAUUAGCGAUAAUCAUUCAGAACCACUUUGUGCUAUUAUCAGCAUCAACUCCAUUCACGGCUGGGUGCUUUUUUUAAGAUGCUUUGAAAUCGUUUUAUUUUUCUUCUUCGUGCAAUGAGCAAGUUUGCAAAACAUGCUUACGAAUAAAACCUUCCCAGCUGUUUCGCUGGUGCAGCAUUAUGGGAGCUCUUUCUGCUUCAGGAUGGUCCACACACGGCGGGGCGAAUUAUAUAAUAAAUGCUACCGCCUGCUGGGUGUAAAUGAACAGUCCGACCAGAACACGGUCCGGCAGGCUUACCUGACGCUGGUGAAAAAGCUACACCCCGACAGUGGCCACCCGGAAGCGAGCGCGGAACGAUUCCAGGAAGUGGAUAGCGCCUUUCGCAUACUGCAGGAAAAGUUUGCCAAAGCGCGCCGUGGCAUCGUGGAGGACCUGCGCGAGGAGGUGAAGGUGUACGACAUCAAACACACUGCCCCGCAGCACCGCCAGUACCUGAGCUUCGAUGGGAUCGGGUACGGUACGCCCGCCCAGCGCCAAAAGCAAUACCAGACGGUGCGCGCCGCCAAAGCGCAGGAACGCGUGCUCGAACAUCGGCUCUCGAAGGCGCAAGCGACAGAAACGGCUGUUAUGAAGAAGGGUGACUACUUUAAGAAGCACGAAAUCAAAACCAAGUACGGCUACGAUCGUGUCGUCGAGGAUCUGAUCCAGGAAGCGAUCUCGAGGGGAGAUUUCAGCAAUCUGUCCGGGUUUGGCAAACCCCUGCCCGACCAUCAGUCACAAAACCCGUACGUGGACUUUACCACGCACAAGAUGAACAAGAUCAUGCUCGACAAUGGGUUCACGCCCGAAUGGAUAACGCUGCACAAGGACAUACGGCAGGCGGUAGAUGCGCUGAAGGAAGAUUUGCGCCGGCUGCGCGCCAAGCUAGGCCCCCUACCGUUGAGCGUGCGCGAGGAGCAACAGUGGGAGAAGUGGCUCGAGCAGCAGCAGGAGGAGGUGACAAAGAUUAACAAAAUGAUCGAUAAAUUUAAUCUGAUCGUGCCGAUGAUGAACAAGCAAAUGGUUCAACUGAGUCUGGAGCGCGUGGGCAACGAAGUGCUAGAGAAAGGGAAACACAGAGAAGAGAUGGUAGAAGACGCUAGGCAAUCGACGGCGAAAACGACACAAACUGAUGCCACCAAUAGGUCAAGUGUUUUAGGAUUUAUUGGUUCCUUGUUUAGUUGAGUGUACUGUUUUAAGUGCAGAGUAUAACCAGUGCAUAACUAAAAUGUUAACAAAACGCGCGCUUUCUUUUCGCAAUCCGAUUCUAAUCAUUAACGAUUAAUGUCUAAAAGCUUAGCUCAUCCACUGCAGUGUGCCAUCCUGCCCGAGAGUGGCCACACCGUUCGCCACCAACCGUAGUGCCUUCGGGUACGCCACGUGUUCCGCUUGGUGAAUGCGCUCGGUAAGUGCUUCCUCGGUGUCGCCUCUUAGAAUCGGGACGCGCUCCUGCAGGAUGAUUGCGCCCGUGUCAACGCCUUCAUCCACAAAGUGAACCGUACAGCCCGAUUCAACGUCUCCCGCCUCGAGCGCCUGCCGCUGCGCAUGGAUACCCUUGUGGCGGGGCAGCAGCGCUGGAUGAAUGUUAAUCAGCGAACCCUUCCAGCGCUUCACGAAUCCUUCGGAAAGGAUGCGCAUAAAGCCGGCCAGACACACAAGCUCGAUGCGUUCCUGCUCGAGCACCUUAGACACGGCCGCAUCAAACAGUUCCCGCGUGUUGUAGUCUUUGUGCAGGAUAACUUUCGAAGGAAUGCCGGCCUUUGCCGCCCGUUCCAGCCCGAAGACGCCCGCCUUGUUCGACACCACCAUCACAAUUUCGCCCCGAAUGCCAAAGAUCGAACUGCGGGUGGCAUCGAUCAGUGCCUGGAGGUUGCUGCCCGAGCCGGAUAUGAGUACGGCGAUCCGUUUCUUCGGCAGCGAGCACGUAAUCUGCGACAUCCGCAGCGUAUCCUCGAACCUCUGCACGAUGACACGCUGACCGAGGGGGUCCGAUUUUUUCACCACCGUACCGAGAGCCGUUCCACCAGCGCUGCGUAGACGCUGCAGCACGGUGUGCUUGUGUUCGGUGGCCACGACCAGCACCAUGCCGAUGCCGCAGUUAAACGUGCGCAACAUUUCGUCCGCCGUUACAUUGCCCGCCUGCGCCAUCCAGCCGAAGAUGGGCGGAAUGUGCAGCUCGGUAAGGUCGAGGAAGGCGGCCACGCCGGCCGGCAGGACGCGGGGAAUGUUUUCCGUAAACCCGCCGCCCGUGAUGUGGGCGAGCGCCUUCACCAACCCUUCCGCCAGCAGGGACUGCAGCUCGCGCACAUAGAUGCGGGUCGGGACGAGCAGCUCCUCGGCGAACGAUUUCCCCGUCGCACUGAACGGUGCCACAUCGUUGUACGUGUGGCCGGUGAAUUCCAGUAUCUUGUGCACCAAGCUGAACCCAUUGCUGUGCACACCGCUCGACGGCAGUCCCAGGAUAACGUCGCCCGGGCAGAUGCAGUCCAUACGCGGCAGCAUCUUGCUGCGCUCGGCUAUUCCCAGCGAAAAGCCAGCCAGAUCGUACACGCCCUUCGCGUACAUGCCCGGCAUUUCGGCCGUUUCGCCCCCGAGCAGGGCACUGUUGCCUUGGCGGCAGCCUUCCGCAAUGCCCUCGAUCACCUUUGCCGCGACCGGUACGUCUAGCUGGCCGCAGGCGUAGUAAUCGAGAAACGCGAGCGGAUCUGCACCGUUGCAGAUGAUGUCGUUCACGCACAUGGCCACCAGAUCGAUGCCGACAGUACCGUGCAGUCCGCAAUCCUGCGCAAUCUUCAGCUUCGUGCCGACGCCGUCCGUCCCUAGCACGAGUAUGGGAUCGUCCAGAUUCAUGCCCGUGUCGCGCAGCCUGAACAGGCCACCGAAACCACCGAGCCCACCCAUCACACCGGGCCGGUUGGUGGACUUGGCGAACGGUUUAAUCCGCUGCACCAGCUCAUCGCCCGCACCGAUGUCCACCCCGCUGUCCUUGUACGAUAUGGCGGUGGGCGAUUUCUUGGCCGGUACGUAAUUUGCCGCCACCUUCGCGAUUGCUUGGGUAAAGUUUUUCACCACCACCUGAUCGGUGCCGCGUGCUCGGCGCGUAACGCGCCCUAACAGUACCGCACCGUGCGGCGUCAGCUUUUCCUUCCACGUGCGAUCGUUCUGCGACACGAUCACCACCAUACCGAUGCCACAGUUGAACGUACGCAGCAUUUCCCGCUCGGUCACGUUACCGGCCGCCGCCAGCCAUCCGAAGAUGGGUGGAAUUUUCACCUCGGCAAAGUCCACCUCCACGCCCAGCGCAUCGGGCAGGACGCGGGGCACAUUUUCCACCAGCCCACCGCCGGUAAUGUGGGCCAGCGCUUUCACCGUGUCGCCCCCCUGCCGCAGCAACGGUAGCAGAGGCGUCACGUACAAGCUCGUCGGUGUGAGCAGUUCCUCGCCGAACGUGCUGCGGCCGUCCUCGCUGAACGGUGCCGGAUCGGUUAGCUUCGUGCCGGUACGCUCGAGGAUGCGGUUCACCAAGCUGAACCCGUUGCUGUGCACACCGCUCGACGGCAGACCGAUCACCAGAUCGCCCUCCCGAAUGCGAUCGACGUGCGGCAAGAUUUGGUCGUGCUCGACCACCCCGACACAGUAGCCGGCCAGAUCGUACUUGCCCUUCUCGUACAUCGAGGGCAUUUCGGCCGUCUCACCGCCGAGCAGGGCACAGUUCGUCUCGCGGCAACCCUCCGCAAUGCCCUUCACGAUCAUUGCCGCCGUCGGCACCUCCAGCCGACCGCAGGCGAUGUAGUCCAGGAAGGCGAGCGGUUCCGCCCCGGCGCACAGCACAUCGUUGGCGCACAUUGCCACCAGAUCGAUACCGAUCGUGUCCCAGCAGUUGAGCGUUUCGGCCAGCUUCAGCUUCGUACCGACACCGUCCGUACCCUGCACCAGCACCGGGUCAUUGUAGCGCACCGUUUUGCCUUCGCGGUUGAUGUACGUCGCCUGUAAAAGUGGGAGCGGAAUGGAUUAUUAUUUUGCCCAUUCGUUCAAAAUAACGUUGUGUAACAAGGUAACUUACAUCGUUCAAACGGAACAAUCCACCAAACCCACCGAGUCCUCCCACCACUCCGGGACGAUUUGUACCACGUGCCAACGGUUUGAUGCGCUGCACCAGCGCGUCACCCGCGUCAAUGUCGACGCCGCUCGAUUUGUACGACAAACUUUGGCUGGAAAGAAAAGACAAAAAUUAGCCAAAUAGUAAGCUUAUUAUUUAUAAAUGUCAAAUAUGGCUGACUUUCAUGAGCGGGGACAAUACACAGACACACACACAGGCGACGAACGGGAUCGUUGAUGAUAAUGGCAAA